CGUGGUAAUUCGGCAUCAAUUUCCGGUCAUGGCAAAACAUUGCUUUGGGUAUUAUUUCACGUGAAAAUUGACGUCCUUUGACAUUCUUACAAUUAUACAUUGUGAAAAAUAAUAAUAUCGAAUUUAAUUGGAAUAUCUUAGGUGUAGCUUUUUUUUUUUUUUUUUGCGCUGUUGGCUGUCGAAACCGCGCAGGCGGUCGCGAAGAAGUAACUUUUCACCGAAGUCAGAGCCUGUUGACCAUGGCGGAAUCAACGAUGGACGCAGAAUGUGCAGUCCAGUUUUGUUUCCACGUCAUUCAGGAAAAGUGUUCGAAAAAACAGACGGCCGGGCACUGAGUGGAUUUUACUUCACGAUAUGGAUAAAUGGACAGAUUUUUUUUGGACGUGAAUCCUAUUCUUGCCCUACUGCCUGUAUUUUUAUUUUUAUUUUUUUUUUGGGGAGACUGAAAGGUGUUUGUAAAACGUGUUUAUAGUGCUUCGAAGUGCUGUCGUCUACAGUGGGGCAGCUUCGACUUCCAUGGAGAUCAACGCGGAAGUGGAGUCUCAGUGUCCGGCGGACACGGCCGUCCACAAGGAGCGCACCUUCAGCCAGACGCCUUACCCGCGUGGCCCAGAGCGCUACGGCGACGGCGGCGGCGCCACCCCCGCCGGACCCCGGGGGCCCUCAUGUGUGAGCGCUUCCGGUUCUGCGAGCUUGGCCUGGGUGCUGCGAACGCGCCACCAGCCGGCCAGCCUCGCUCUCCGCAAACAGGAGGAGGAGGAGAACAAGAGAUGCAAGGCUCUCUCGGACAGUUAUGAACUCUCAACGGAUCUGCAGGAUAAGAAGGUGGAAAUGCUGGAGAGAAAGUACGGGGGCUCCUUCGUGAGUCGGCGGGCAGCCAGGACCAUUCAGACCGCCUUCAGACAGUAUCGCAUGAACAAGAACUUCGAGCGUCUCCGAAGCUCCGCCUCCGAGAGCCGCAUGACACGCCGCAUCAUCCUUUCCAACAUGAGGCUUCAGUAUUCUUUUGACGAGCGGCAGCCGCAGCAGCAGGCCCAGACGCAGACCAACUUCACCCACAGCGUGGCCAUCGGCCCUCCUCAUUCCCCCGACGCCGAUCGCCCGGGGGACUACACCCACUUAGAGGACUCCUUCUGCAAACAGGUCAAGUCUUUGGCUGAUUCCAUUGACAAUGCCCUGACCUGCCGUACUGGUCGCAAUGACUCCCAAGAAGGCAGCAGGGAGGGCGGGGGUGUCAGUGAAGAUUUUGGGGAAUGUAUUUGGAGCAGUAGCAGCAACCCCUCGUCCCAACGUGGUCUAGGUGAAAGAGCCAGGGGAGCCGGAGGAGGACUGAGCAUGCACGGAGACAGUACGGCGACCUCGUACAGUGACGUCACGCUUUACAUGGAUGACGGCAUGCCGCCCUCGCCGCUCUCCCCGGACCGAGCGCCCAGCAGCACCGACACGGAAUACUGGGGUCCCGGUGGGGGCGUCGGGGUGCGUGAGGACAGCAGGGACACAGAGGGAGGGGGCAGCAGUAACAGUCGGCGCAGCACACCGUGCACCGAGUGUAGGGACUACCGUCUGAGGGCGGCACACCUGCCUCUCCUCACCAUUGAGCCGCCGAGUGACAGCUCAGUGGACAUGAGCGACCGUUCGGACCGGGGCUCUCUGACCAGACAGCUGGUCUAUGAGCAGGAGCCUGGGGUGGGAGCUGGCUCUCCUCAGGGAACCCUCAAACACUCUCCAAGCACCGGCGCCCGCUCGACGUCCACCGCGCCCGCCCAGGGUCAGAUCAGAGCACCGGGCAGAGCUGUCCCGACACACAUCCCUCACCAGGUGGCCUCGCACCACCAUCACCACCACCACCACCACCACCACCACCCAAUCCACCACCAUCAGUACCCCGACACGCCCUCGUCGUCUUCAUCGCCUCAACAGCCCCCCACCACUCCUCUGUCCUCCUCCUCGUCCACAGCUCUCCCCUCCGGAGGUCUGGAGCAGCCGUGUUGCUCAGAUGGCGACAACGACUCUCUGAACUCGACCACCAACUCCAACGAGACAGUCAACUGCAGUUCCGGUUCCUCGUCUCAGGACAGCCUCCGGGAACCUCUACCCGCUCUGGGCAAACAGACAUAUCAGAGGGAAAGCCGCCAUAGCUGGGACUCUCCGCCCUUCAACAGUGAUGUCGUGCAGAGACGCCAGUACCGCAUAGGUCUCAAUCUUUUCAACAAGAAGCCAGAGAAAGGGAUCCAGUACCUGAUCGAGAGAGGCUUUGUGUCAGACACUCCAGUUGGGAUUGCCCGUUUCAUCCUGGAGAGGAAGGGUCUGAGCAGGCAGAUGAUUGGCGAGUUCCUGGGGAACCGGCAGAAGCAAUUCAACAAAGAUGUCUUGGACUGCGUGGUUGAUGAGAUGGACUUCUCGGGAAUGGACCUGGAUGACGCGCUGAGGAAGUUCCAGGCUCAGAUUAAAGUUCAAGGAGAAGCACAAAAAGUGGAACGGCUCAUUGAGGCCUUUAGUCAGAGAUACUGCGUGUGCAACCCGCUUCUGGUUCGGCAGUUCCAGAACCCCGACACCAUCUUCAUCCUGGCCUUCGCUAUAAUCCUUCUCAACACGGACAUGUACAGCCCCAACGUCAAAGCAGAGAGGAAGAUGAAGCUGGAGGAUUUCAUCAAGAAUUUAAGAGGCGUAGAUAACGGUCAGGAUAUUCCCAGGGACCUGCUCGUCGGGAUCUACCAGCGCAUACAGAAAUGGGAGCUGCGGACCAAUGACGACCACGUAUCUCAAGUGCAGGCGGUGGAGAGAGUCCUUGUGGGCAAGAAGCCAGUACUGUCCCUCCCACAUCGUCGGCUGGUGUGUUGCUGCCAGCUGUACGAGGUACCCGACCCCAACAGGCCUCAGAGAACUGGAGUACACCAGCGUGAGGUCUUUCUCUUUAAUGACCUUUUGGUGGUAACCAAAAUCUUUCAGAAGAAGAAAACCUCAGUGACGUACAGUUUUAGACAAUCUUUCCCUCUGGUUGAGAUGCAAGUGCACAUGUUCCAGAACUCAUACUAUCCUCACGGUAUCCGCCUGACCUCCGCGGUCUUGGGCGGGGAAAGAAAAGUUCUCAUCGUCUUCAUGGCCCCCAGUCAGCAAGACCGGACUCGCUUCGUUAGUGACCUCAGGGAGAGUGUUGCCGAAGUGCAGGAGAUGGAGAAAUACAGAGUCGAAUCGGAGUUGGAGAAGCAAAAAGGUGUAAUGCGGCCCAGUUUGCUCACUGGAGGUGUGGUGGGAGGAGGAGGAGGAGUUGGUGGUGUGAAGAGCGACAUUGUGAACGGUACUUUGGGAAGGACGAGUUUUGACGAUAACUGCUCGGUCGGCGAAGGUCUCAAACGCACGGCGCUUAGCUCUUCUCUUCGAGACCUCUCUGAAACAGGGAAGCGUGGUCGGAGGAACAGUGUCGGUUCCCUGGACAGUACUAUGGAAGGGUCCAUCAUUAGCAGCCCGCAGCCUCACCAGCGGUACUCGGCGCCAGGCGUGGUCUCCGGCUGCUACGCGACAGAAGACUUCCGGCCUCAUCGCCCCAUCCUGAGCCCCGGAACGGGGAUGGGGGGUGGGCCGGGGCAGCAACAUACCACUGCCGGGACCGGAGUCGCGGGGGUCCCCGGCAGUGGGGAACGAGCAGGAGCGGGGAGCUGCCCUGGGGGGAGCGGCAGCAGCAACAACAACAACAGCAGCGGCAGCAGCAGCUCCUUCCUGGGCUCGCUGUUUGGCGGCAAGCGCGCCAAACCGCCGGGGCCCCUCAUUCCGCCGGGGCCACCCUACCCCGCGCCCGUCCCCCCGCCGACGACCGGAGGGCCCCCUCCUCUCUCCCCUUCGUCCCUGUGCCAGCAGUCGGACGGGGGCCCUUCCAAGAUCCAGGCCCUGCACGCGCAGUACUGUCACGCGGCUACGGUGCAGCCCCCGCCCCCUUACUACCACCACCACCAUCGCUACCACGCCCAAAACGUCCCAGCUCCUGCGCAAGGGCUCCCGCCGCACACUGUCCAGAGAGGCCCGCAACCCUGUCGUACAGCCCUUUGCGCGCACCCGCAGCUGGCCCAGCUCUCCCAGCUCUCCCAGCUCUCCCAGCAUGGGCUUGCGGGUCGUUACAGCAACGCGGCGGUCGGACGUCCCCCGCCCCUUUCUCCUCUCUCCCAGCAUUCCCCGAGCCCCCAGUUCGCCCUGUACCACGUGCAGCCCGCACACUCCAUCAGAGGCCCUGUCACCAAACCGCCCCUCACCUUGUCUCACUCUCAGCCGCACUCCCAAACCCACCCCGGGCACGUCCACACGCCGCACCCGUCCAGCCACUCCAGCCAUCAGGCCCAUUUCAUCUUCGGCACCCUCCCCCACAAUCUGCCGUCCGCUACCGUCAAUGCGCAUCACACGGCGUCCGCCGGCCCGUAUCUGCCCCAGUACCCUCCUCUCUCUUCCAUCCCCCCUCCCCCACCGCACUCCCCUUUACCCCCCCCUUCGUCCCCCCUUACCCCUCUUACACCUCUCUCCCCUCUCCCCCCCCAGCACCCCGGGCAGCCUCAGCCCGGGCCGCAGGCGACGGGGGGCGGCCCGACGGGCACGGGGGGCGGCUCCAAGUCCAAGCCUAUCAACCGGAUAAGCACCGUGGUGUGAGCGGGGCGCGGACCGCCUGGGGUCACAGGUCGGACGAGCGGGCGGAGGAGGCGGGCAGGGCGAGGGCCCGGGCCCGGGCGAGGGCCCGGUCCGCCAGGACGGAGGGCAACAGCGCCGUUGCCGCCGACAAGAGGAAGCGCAGCUUGCUCCGUCUCUGUUACUUUCACCUCCGUUUUCCGCACAUGUAGACGCCAACGCGUUCGAACCGUCGUAAAAUCAGAUUACAAGCCAUAUAAUUCGAGUUGCGUACUUAGUAUCGGUACCGCCUCGGUUUCCACUCGUCCGGCAGUGGCGCCUUGAGAUACGAGCGACUUUUCGAGUUUUUCGAUACGAGAGCCGCCAUUCCGAUAUUUUGGACUCACGAGUUCGUACUUGGAAUACGAACACGGUUUGGGGGUGGUGGACUCACCUCACGUCACCAUCGCGUAACGUCACAAAAUGUGAACAAUAUUUCAUCCAAAAAGAGGCCUCGUGCCCUUUUUGGAAUUUGACUGUCCUGCUGAAUGUAAAACGAUGGAAAAUACACCUGGCGGCACGGUGGCUCAGCUGGUAAAGCGUUGGCCUCACAGUUCUGCGGUCCCGGGGUCAAUCCCGGUCCCUGUGCCUGCGUGGGUUUCCUCCCACAUGCCAAAAAUUGAUUGGACACUCUAAAUUGCCUCUAGGUGGGAUUGCGGGUGCAAUUGGUUGUUUGUCUCGACGUGCCCUGCUAUUGGCUGGCGACCAGUUCAGGGUGUGCCCCGCCUCCUGCCUGUUGGCAGCUGGGAUAGGUUCCAGCACUCUUGUGAGGAUAGGUGGCUGAGAAAAUGGAUGGAUGGAUGGAUGGAUGGAUGGACGGAUAAAUUGUAGUAUAAAUAUACAUUUUGGGUGGUACUGUUAUGUGUGUGGUUAGAGCGUUGACCUCACAGUUUUAAGGACCCGGGUUCAAUCCCAGCCUCACCUGUGUGGAGUUUGCAUGUCCUCCUCGUGCCUGCGUGGCUUUUCUCCGGUUGGGCACUACGGAUUCCCUCCCACAUCCCAAAAACAUGCAAUAUGAAUUAAUUGGACACUCUAAAUUGCCCAUAGGCGUGAUUGUGAGUGCGAGUGGUUGUUUGUCUCGACGUGCCCUGCGAUUGGCUGGCGACCAGUUCAGGGUGUGCCCGGCCUCCUCCCCGUUGACAGGCUCCAGCACUCGCUAUGACCGUCGUGAGGAUAAGCGGUGAAGAAAAUGACAAUCUUUGGUGUUUUGGGGGGGGGGGGGGCGGGUCUGGAAGGGAUUAAUGCCACUUGCAUUUGUUUCAGGGGGAAAAGAUUUGACGUUUGGGCGCUUUGAGUUACAAAUAUGGACGUGGGACAGAUUAAACUCGUAUCUCAAGGCACGACUGUGCAGUAACCUACAUGGCGGGCAUACUGUACAUCCGGCUUCUUGCUCUGAGGAUAACAACAAAGAUUACUGUACAGUCCAAAAACGUCCCUUUGCAAUAAUUUCCCUCAAAUUCAUGACGUCGCCCGUCCUCUGCAGGGUUUGCUGACAUUUUUUUUUUUCUUCAUUUUUGUUUCUGAAGAUGACCUCAAACGCGUCGCUCUCGUCUCGAAACGUUUCAGCCGCAGACGUUCUUUCGCUCAAGCGUCUUUCACGUGUCGACGCGACGCAUUCCUCAAGGCGUUUGGAAGUUACCGAUACAAUCGUCGCUCUAUCGUGAAUGUUUAUGAAGCGUUUUGCCUUUUUUUUUUUUUUCUAAUCGAUAUUAGAUCUGCUAUGAGUAUAAUGGAUAUCGUCUGUUUGUUUGAUCAGUAAACGUACGUAAAUGUAUCAGCGGAUGUUUUUUUUACGGGGGUGAUCUAAAGCUUAGAAGCACAUAAAUGCCCUUUGGGGAGUGUUUGGAUUUAACGUAAUCGCCGUCAUUUGCACCCUUCUGUUAACAUCGUUUGAUGUGAAAUAUUAAUGGUUGAAAUGAGAUCAAUAAUGUUUUUGUUCUAACUGACAACUUUUUCUGUCUUUUUUUUUUUUUUUUUGAUGGGGAAAAAAAAACUUUUAUGAUGCUCCCAUUGUUGAAAAGACUUUUAACUACGGUUGCGGUUGUAGAAAGACGACGUUUCCUUUGCAAUUACCGUUCGCUGUCGGUGAGAUCUGCGAGCUUUUUACAUCAGAUUUUGUGGGGUUUUCGUGCGACCUCUGACAGUGAAGAAAAUAAGUAUUUGAACACCCCGCUGUAUUGCAAGUUCUCCCACUUAGAAAUAGUGGAGGGGUCUGAAAUUUUCAUCGCGGGUGCAAGAAAAAUAAAAAAUCACAAUGUAUGAUUUACUUGUUUGAUACAGCUGCAAAUAAGUAUUUGAUCACCUGUCUAUCAGCUAGAAUUCUGCCCCUCAAAGACCUGUUAGUCUGCCUUUAAAAAUCCACCUCCACUUCCUGUAUUAUCCUGAACCCGUCAGGUCGUUAGACUCAAACUUGUAACGUGGCCAAGACCAAAAAACCGUCCAAAGACACCAGAGACAAAAUUGUACAACUCCACACGGCUGGAAAGGGCUACGGAGAAAUUCCCAAGCAGCUUGGUGAAAAAAGGUCCACUGUUGGGGCAAUCGCUAGAAAAUGGAAGAAGGUAAACAUGACGGUCAAUCUGGAUCGGAGUGGAGCCCCCCGGCGAGAUAUCCCCUUGUGGGGUCUCAAUGAUCCUUAGAAAGGUGGGGAAUCAGCCCAGGACUACGCCACAGGACUUGGUCAAUGACCUGAAAAGAGCUGGGACCACCGUUUCCAAGGUGACUGAUGGUAAUACACGAAGACGUCAUGGUCAACGGUCAUUGGCAAACUUAAGCCAAUGACCAUUUGGAAGAUACAGACGAGUCAUGGGAGAAAGUUUUGCGGUCAGAUGAGACCAAAAUGGAACUUUUUGGUCAUAAUUUCACUCACCGUGUUUGGAGGAAAUCGAAUGACGAGUUCCAUCCCAAGAACACCGUCCCUACUGUGAAGCACGGGGGUGCUAGCAUCAUGCUUUGGGGGUGUUUUUCUGCACAUGGGACUGGAUGACUGCGCUGUAUUAAGGAGAGGAUGACCGUGGCCAUGUAGUGUGAGAUUUUGGGGAACAAACCUCUUUCCCUCGGUCAGAAGAUUGAAGAUGGGUCAUGGUCGGGUCUUUCAACAUGACAAUGACCCGAAGCGCAUAGCCAGGAAAACCAAGGAGUGGCUCCGUAAGAAGCAUAUCAAGUUUCUGGGGUGGCCUAGCCAGUCUCCAGACCUAAACCCAAUAGAAAAUCUUUGGAGGGAGCUGAAACUCCGUUUUUCUCAGCGACAGCCCAGAAACCCGUCUGAUCUAGAGAAGAUAUGUGUGGAGGACUGGGCCAGAAUCCUCCGCGCAGUGAAGAACUACAGGAAACGUUUCACCUCUGUAAUUCCAAACAAAGGCGACUGUAACAAAUAUUAACACUGGUUUUCCCAGGUGUUCAAAUACUUCUUUGCAGCUGUAUCACACAAAUAAAUCGUUAAAAAAAAAAUCAUACAUUGCGAUUUCUGGAUUUUUCUUUUUCGAUGAUCUCUCACACAGUGGACGCGCACCUACGAUGAAAAUUUCCGACCCCACUGACGAUUUCUAAGUGGGAGAACUUGCAAUAUAGCAGAGGGUUCAAAUACUUUUUUUCCUCACCAUAAGUCACAAAAAAAAAGAAAAAAAACAUCUUAUUCUCUCACCGCUCCAGCCACUUUUUCAAACUCUCUUACCACAUUUUCUGAUGCUGUGGUAUCCCCCUGAGGGCUUUGUAUUUGUUAAAAAAAAAAAAAAUGGACAAAAUAGCAAAGAUUAAGAAUGUUUAACUGCAUUCUUUGUUGUUCAGUGACCUCGUGCACCCUUUUUGCGACUGCAAUAUUUUAUGUUAUGAGUACUGAGAGUUACCUACAGUGCCAGUUAUUAUCAAAUGAAAAUUACACACACACACACACACACACUGAUGUCUUUUGAAGCAGAAAAAUGAGGGGGGGGGGAAAUGAUGUCAGCGUUUGGAAUCAAGCUAUAAUGAAAGAAAAAGUCAAAAAGUAAAGUAAAAAAAAAAAAAAGGACACGUGGGAGGUUCAGCAAAAAUUACAAGAACGUGAGACGAAGGUUUUAUACGUAUGUGUUAUUAAGUAUCCCUUUUAUUGUAUCAUUUCUUGACUCUUCUUGCAUGGUCAUAUCUGCAUUGAAUAGAUUGUACUGUAUAAACCUGAAUGUAAAUAAUAUACGAUAUAAGCUUAAUAACCGCGGGACGACGUGCUCCCGGUGCGUAUUCAGGUGCGUGCAUGUGAGUGCCAUGAUGCCGUACGGACGACGUGCGAAAGGUCGACAGGGACGGAAAAUGUUGUGUAAAAAAAGAUUAUUUACUCGUUUAUUAUUUUUCCUCCCUCUUUUGUGACUGAAAAUGAGAGAAGGAAUUAAGAGUGACUAGCGCGUUACGAGCUGAUGGAUGUUACUUUGAACCAUUUCACUUCACUUUUCAGUUGUGAAUGUAUUAAAUGUACUGAAAGAAUAGACAUUUGACUUGUGAAUACAGUAUUUAUUGCUUCAGAUCAAUAAUUAAAGUGUCCUUGCAGUGA